AAAUAAAUACUUCCAUAGGCGACAACAUUUCAAGAAACAUAGUUGGUGGUUGACAGCUGAAUAAAGAAUAAAGAGGCCUACAAAUUCAAAUCGGCACUCACUCUGUUCAUACACGCCAGCUGCCCACACCUCGUCCUACCCAAUAGACGCACCUGAGAUGCAGCGUCACUCCUAAAGCCAAACCGACCGGGCUUCAUUCCUGAAGUCACAUCAUUACAGUCGCGUGUCACAAUCCAUCACUCUAACGAAGAAUACCAGUUUUGGCUCCAAAGACAGCUGCUUAACCCAUGUAGGGCCUUUGUUCCUGCAAACAGCCCGGAGGAGUCGACUUCCCAACUGUAGGAUGGUGUGUUGGCACCACAGCCACCUUACAAUAAAGGACAACGUUUGAUAUCUUUGUGGACAUCGGAGCACAACAGGUCAGCCAUCUUCACCGAGUCAUCUUCACCAAUGUGUGUUAGAAGAGGAAAGAUAACCAGACAGAGAGUAUCAUCUUGACCUGUGUAUCCUUCACUUGUUCUCAAGCAGAAACCAUGAGGGACCGACUGAGCAACCUGCAGGAAAUGUCCAGCAGCCAAGUUGAGGAGAUGGAGUAUGCGGAGUCCACUGUCUCCGAAAGCUUCAGCAACGUGGACUUGCAGGAGGAGUUUCCCCAUGAGGCAGUGGUGUUUGACAACAGCCCUGCUCUGGAGGAGGUCUUUUCCCAAUCGCAGGAUAUCCACAGAGAGGUCCAGCUCAUCCGCAUGGAUAUUAAAAGGCUUCGUGAGCAGAACUCUCGCAUGGUCAAGGGCGUCACCACAAUGAGCACUAUCAAAAGGGACUCCAACGCUAUCGGUGCUGAUAUAAAGUCUCGGGCUGAGGAUGUGCUGACACGCCUGCAGAAAAUGGACGGCAUAGCGCACAAUCUCGAAGAAGAACACGGCUCGAAUUCUGCUGUCACACGUAUUGCCAGAACCCAGUAUGCUUGCCUCAGCAAUAGUUUCCGCGAUACCAUGUUUGACUAUAAUGAGGCUGAAAUGAGCCAUCGGGACAACUGUAAAGCCCAGAUCCAGAGGCAAAUGGAGAUAGUGGGACGUGAGGUGACAGGAGAGGAGGUGGAGGAGAUGAUUGAGAAAGGUCAGUGGAACAUCUUUAAUGACAACGUUAUGGCUGAAGGUAAAACGGCUCGAUCAGCUCUGUCCCAGAUUGAGAAACGUCACCAAGAGAUGAUUGACUUGGAGACUCGUAUCAAUGGCAUUCAUGAGAUUUUCCUGGACAUUGCCCUGCUGGUGGAGGAGCAGGGCCCCAUGCUGACCACCAUCCAAACUAACGUGCAGAAAACAGACGAAUGCGUACAGGAAGCCCUCGUCAAACUCGGCAGGGCCAAACGUCACGACAAGAACAACCCCUUUAAAAAGAUGUUUUGCAGCUGUUUCCCAUGCGUCGAAUAAUGAAUGUACAGUAAACAGAUGGCCAGAGGGAUGCAAAAAUAUGCAAUGUGGUCAAGAAAAAAAGAAGUGGGACAUUUUAAGAACAUUUUCUGUAUGUUUCAUUAGUACAACGUCGCAAAGUCUUUAUCGACAUGUCUUUAGAUCUAUAGAUGAUAAAAAAAGGUUGAUAAAGUUUCAAACUAUUGUGUCUAGAUUUAGAGUCACAGGUAAAAUAAGUAAUCCAUUGUUGUCUGUAAUAGUUACAUGAAAGGUUUGAGAUGGGUAUCUCAAAUCUAAAAACCAUCCCCCAUGACUGAGGUGUGAUUCAGACCUAGAAUAAAUAGUAUUUGAAAAUAUUGUUCAUGUUUUUAUAGCCUGUGGAGUUUCUACAUGGGAGGGGUUUACCAAAUAACACAAUGACUGUAAGAAACAUUUGAAUAUAUUUUUUAUAAAAUGAUCAAAGACAGGAUUUGGGCAUCCUGUCUGACGCGAUAGUUCCUGAUGCAGUUAACUGCCCUUAAAGUAAAGCCAUUAAAGAAAUGUUAUAAUAUGGAAGUUCAAUCAAACAAUUGUUAAAGAGAAUUAUAUUUAUUUUGUCAGUACAUGUCAAUGGAUGGUAGAAAAUGGAUGUCCUUGAUGUACAGCUGAAAGAAAUUGUAUAGUUUAGUGAUUUCUUGAUUCGAUUAUUGUCUAUUAAACUGUAUAUAAAUUCUGAAAUUAUUGGGUUGAUAGUAACCGGCCAUUCUAUGUUGACCGCAUUGCACAACACUUCCCAUUAUUUUCUCAUGUUUACCAUCUCUUUUGAGGACACCAGUAACUGAGGAGCGACACUAGUUUAAAUAAGAUGUAUUUUCACUGCUAUUUUAUGUCUAUAUGUAUAAUAAUACCUUUCUUCUGUGGUGUCAAAUAUUAGAUAAAAAGUUCUUAUAAAAUC